GCACACUCAACAAGGUCAAAACUGAACGACACCCACGUGAAAUUCCGCUGUGGCUACCUGAUGCGCUACCCCAUGUGGAGCCUCAUCUAAGCUUCCGAAUACACCUGUGAACUUGCGCUUGGCUUUUUUCGCUGUUCGGACCACAGUGAAAUCGCAUUUUUUGUCUAAAAUGGCGAUGAACGGGAGUGUUCGAACAGGCAAUUCUUUAACAGAGUUUCAGAGCCGAAAACAGGAGUAUAUAUUUGACACACUUUACGAUAUCACACAUGAUAGAAACCUGUCGAGGCAAGAUUUCACUAAACUGCAAAAACUGGUUACAGGUAUCAAGGGUCUGUCAGGGCGAUGUGAACAGAGUCGAGCGCUACAGACGAGGAUGGCCAGCAUCUGGUCCGGGCUGAUGAAGAGCUCCAAACACUACCGGAAGAACCCGCUACAGCUGCACCUAAGUCUACCGGAAUGGUUGUCGUAUUGGAGCGACUUUGUGAAGGCCGCAUUGAAGUCACAUGACUGGCCGGCCUCCUCCAUCGACGAUCACGCGGUGUAUGACUGGCACGUGGAGUUCGUGGACUUCGUGUUCGAUGUCAUGGACAUCAAUAGCGACAGCGUCAUCGACAAGGAUGACUACGUCAGCAGCUUGACACAGUUCAGCGUCCCCGAAGACGUCUGUCUGCAGGCUUACAGCAAACUCUCCACGGCGCUGAACGGAGAAAAGUUGAACAGGGACCAUUUCAGACAGUUCUGGUUUCGGUUCCUCGUGAGCGACGAUCCAGCGGAAAUGGGAAACUAUCUCUUUGGCGACCCAACUCUGUCAACCAAGGCUACAUCCGGGGACUCGAAAAUGACGUCAUCACCAUGGCGUCACCAACAACGCCCAAAAUGACAUAAUUUCAACGAAUGCGAAUUGGCAAUCUCUUUAUAAUGUACAUAGAAAAGGCGGAUUUCAAUUUUCAUUUUACAAACAUGUUUACAAUGUCUAUUUGCCCGUCCUGUACUCUGCUGUCUUUGUGAAUCCGGGGAUUUUAUGAUAAUUAUGAUUUUGUUUCCUUUCUAUUGCGUUGUGCAGUUUUUCAGUCAGUUGGUAGCAGCACAACCACUAUAUAAAAUAAUUCAUUUUUAAUGGCUAACAUUCAUUAUAAACAAACUUCUCUUUGGUGAGAUUAUCAUCUAUGGUACAAGUACUUAAUUGUGAACGUCGUUAAGACGAAGCAUCCUGCAACUCGCAAACCUUUCUUCGACAAGUUUCACUUUCUUGUGCACUUUCCUUUGCACAGGGGGGUUCUUUGAGAUGGAUUACGGUCCGCUGUAUGAAGUUUAAGGGGGCAGCAUUUGAUUUCAGGGUCUGGGGGAAUUUUGGUUUGGCAUGCGCAUUUUUUAAUGCUCAAGUAUAUUGUCUCCAAAUUGAUGGGUGCCCAAACAUUUUUUAAGUGAAUAUAAAACCCGAGCUAUAUUUUGUGACACUUUUCUGCGAGCGUAUGUAAGAUUUCAGAAAUAAAAGGCUUGAGUUGAUCUUUCCCUACCCCCCUGAAAACCAAAUGGUUGCUUCCUAUUGAUGUGUGUCGUUUUCAUAAUCGUAUUUAUUUGCAGAUCGUAGGAUCUGUGCAUUGGUGCUACGAUUGUUAGGAUAAUUAUCAGAAUCGCAAUAGACAUGUUGUUGCUUGUCUUUAUACAUAUACCAUAUACCGAUAGGGCUUUGUAUGUCAUAUCUCUUGAACCACUCCAUAUAAACGGCACAGUAACAUGUAUACAUAUCGUCAAUCGUCUUUGUAAAUCAGAUGAUGUAAUAAAUAUGUGUAAAAAUA